AUAGAUAGAUCAGCAGCGGAUAGAUCAGCAGCGGACAGAUCAGCAUCUCGUCAUUUCUCGGGGAGACUCCGCGCUCGUGCAUCAGACAGAGAUUAAUUAUUGUUGUCGUUCAUCAGCGCCUCUAAAGGAUAAAUGCGCACAGAGAAGAUGAUGAUGAUGAUGUCCCCAUGGGACCGCUGGUACUCCACCAGCUGCUGCCUGUGCUUCCAUGUCCGCACAGGAACCAUCAUCCUGGGGGUCUGGUACAUGCUCAUCAAUGCUGUGGUGUUACUCAUCCUGCUCACAGCGCUAAGUGAUCCUGAAAAGUACCACCUGACCAGUGCUGAGUUGGCUAAUGACCUGGAUGUCAUGGAUGAUGCCAACAUGUGCAUUGCCUCAGCAAUUUCCCUACUGAUGAUCCUUAUAUGCGGUAUGGCAACAUAUGGCGCAUACAAGCUGCGUGGCGCAUGGAUUCUCCCCUUUUUCUGCUACCAAAUAUUUGACUUUGCUCUCAACACCCUGGUGGCUGUUAGCAUCGUUGUUUACCCAAACACAAUCCAGGAUUAUCUGCACCAGCUGCCUGAUGAUUUCCCUUACAAAGAGGAGGUGACUGCGCUCAGUAACAUCUGCCUGGUCCUCAUCGUUUUGCUCUUCAUAGGCUGCAUCAUCGGCUUCAAGGCCUAUCUGAUAGCGUGUGUCUGGAACUGCUACAGAUACGUGAGUGGGAGGGGCGGUUCUGAAAUCAUGCUUUACGUUACCACGAAUGAGACUACGGUGCUGCUGCCACCGAUCGACGACCACAUCAGUGUCCCUUGUAAGCAGGCUCCUCCGGCCUGCAUCUCUGCUGAAGCUACAGCAUGAAAACACUCCUCUCUUUGAAUCCCCCUGAUUGGAUGCUGCUGUUAAUACUCAAUACAACAAAAUGAUGCACCACACUGCCUCUCAACAUUACAUCCACAAAUAUCCAUAAAAAGUAAAAAACCCUCCACCUCAUGUAUGCAUAUUCGCUCACCGCCCCCAUUCCUUCUGGUAUUACCGAUUAAAUUAUAAUUUCCCUGUAAUUCAUCUGUUCUCUUCUUCUGAGGUUAAUUCCAAGAAUGGUUUGCAUUAUUAUGCAUUAGAAUCAACCCAAAAAAGCAUGACAGCUGUAGAAAGUUGGAUAGAUGACAUAUAUUUUUGUUAACUUAAUAAUUGUUCUGUGUGUUUGCAACAGUAUUAUAUGGGUCUUAGUUUAUAUAGACAUAUUUAUCUCUUGCACAAUGCUAACAUGCUGUCCACAGUAUGGAUUGGUGCAGGAUUGGGUGUGGAGUUUUCAUGUAUUUGUCUCUGCUCAUGAUCAAGGUUGGAUUGCCUUCUUUCCCAACUGUCUCUCUCAACUGGUUUGCACUUAAUGUAUGAAGUGUCACCUAAAUUUGAGAUUCUCCAAAGAGAUGUAUCUGCCUGUAUUCUGACAUGAUCAAAGAGCAGCCCUAAUGUAUAUCAAGCAUAUCACAUUUUUUCUAUGUUCUGUUUGACUAGAAACAUAAUUGUGUUGUAAUUAGAUGAAUAGAGUUUUGCUUGGUUAAAUUUUAAAUGUGUUUCUACUGACCGGCGAGAAAAUGUCUUAGGUUGCUGUACUGUUUUUGAAGCACUGAUCUGGAAUCAGUUUGCUGUGUGAAUGAUGGAAACCUGGAGCGUCAGAGAAAGCAGGUCCUGUUUGUGUUUUUUAAAUCAAGGAAAAGGGAGUUUGAGUCUGUGUAAACAUUACAACCAUCAGACUGAGUUAUUGGCUUGUUGCUCUGUUAUGCAAGGAUACAAAAGUCACUGUUGUAAAACAAAUAUUU